AUGUCCCCUCAGAAGUGGAGCCAGAUGGUUGAGGCAGGCUUAAGAAACUUGCAGGCGCUCAAGGUUAUCUGGGCCGGGAGUUGGAUAGAUAGCUGCCUAGGGAUCCUUACCAGUCUUCAGGAGCUGGAACUAACAGGCGUCGAUGGGUGUCAUCAUCGCGCGCUGUCGUCUUCGCUACCGAAGUUGUCCCUCCUCAAGAAGUUGAGUUUGGAUGGUUGGUCGAUCCCUGCCUAUCUAUGGACACCGUCUAGCUUUCCUUUUCUCGAAGUGUUAUACCUCGACGGGCCAGUGAUAACGCCAUAGCAACGAAGUUCUUACGGCGAUCAAUGGCCCCCCAAUCUCACCGAACUCACAUUAUGGAGGACAAAGUUGAAUCGAAACUGGAUUGUAGCACUCGAGAACCUCCGUGAACUUACAUAUUUGUAUCUAGGUCUUCUAUUCUACAAGGGAAACGAGAUGAUCUGCACCUGA